AGAGUGAAAGUAUUUCAGGAUCAGUUAGCACACCUCUUUAUUUAUCCUUAGUUUAGUAGUUGAAGCACCAUUAUUGGAUUGACUAAAACCGGAUCAUACUAAAUUGGUGCCCCAAAUUGUAUUUAUGAAGCAGGGAAAUAAAGAACAGCCCAGUUUGGGAAUUAAAGAACAAAACUAUGGUUUUUCGUUGUGAACACAAUAAGAAAGGGGUGCGUGGUUUUUAAAUACUGAAAACUGCCGGAUUUUCCUCUUUCUAUUCUUCUUUUUUCCUUUAAAAGUAACUAAAAAGGUGGAAACUAGACGGAAGCCCCCUAAAGCUGGAAUCUGUAUACUUCUGUACAGGAAAGCGAAAAAAGGGUUAAAGAAAGAAAAUUGGAAAGUGUAGCAGUAUGGAAGAAAAUGAUCAUAGCAACAGAGAAGCGGAGCGUCAAGAGUCGGGCGAGGAGUCCAACAGAGCGAUUAUACCCCUUUUGCAAGCGCCGGGGAACCUGCAACUCCCACACAGAAUAACCAACUUUUUCAUAGAUAACAUUUUACGACCGGACUUCGGGCGAAGAAAAGAGGGAACAUUUAAUCGCGAUGAAGGUAGCCUUCCUGGGAGAGAGAAUAGCAGCCCUUCGGCCCCCGGAGCGGGGCAGGUAGGGGGGUCUGUUGCAGGAGAAGGAACCUCUAACCCUCCUUCCGUCGGUGGGGCAAAGAAGGCAGAUAUUGCCGUCGACGAGCCUUUGAAACCCCGCAGAGAAAGUGGAGAUCAGUGCCUAAGUUCGGACUCGGAUUGUUCUCAAGCCAGCUCUACAGCAGCUUCGGGCCAGCCCAUGUUAUGGCCAGCCUGGGUUUAUUGUACUAGAUACUCGGACAGGCCUUCAUCAGGACCAAGAUCUCGUAAACCAAAGAAGAAGACUGCCAGUAAAGAGGACAAGCGGCCAAGAACAGCCUUCACUGCCGAACAGCUUCAGAGACUAAAAGCUGAGUUUCAGACAAAUCGGUACCUGACAGAGCAGAGAAGGCAAAGUCUGGCACAGGAACUAAGUCUUAACGAAUCUCAAAUUAAAAUCUGGUUUCAGAACAAAAGAGCCAAAAUUAAGAAAGCCAGUGGAAGUAAAAAUUCUCUGGCUUUGCACUUAAUGGCACAGGGACUGUACAAUCACGCCACAACUUCAAAAGAUGACAAAUCAGAUAGCGAUUGACAGAACGAAAGCAGAUGAUGACAGGCUAUACAAUGCAAUAAUUUCAUAAAAUAAGGGCCAGUGUAUAAAAGAUACCAGCAUUAAUGGAUUAAAAUAUAUGUAUUAUUAUUAGAUAUACUUCUGCAAUAUCAUGUGUAUAUAAUUUACGAGUAAAGUGUUGAACAAAGUUAUGUUUUCAAUAUGUUAUCAACCUUGUUGUUUUCUUCCUAAAAUAGAUGCUUCUUAUGUGGAAAAGUGUUUCCAUAACGUUCCUUCCUUUUUUCAACCAAGCGCUUUUGGUUGACGUAGACAAAUUUGACCGUGAAAAAAAGAAAAAAAAAAAAAAAACAACUUGCUGAA